AUGAGCAGAAGGUCCGAAAUUGAAGACGUAUCUACCUUGCAAAUGACAAACAAAAAAAAUAAACGAAACUCAGAAGAUACCAGCAUCACUCCUCGAAAUUUAAAAUCUCUCCCUAAAACACUUGUUCGGUCUGAGCCCAAAAUCGAAACAGAUACCGCGCUUUUACAAAGUUUAAUAGAUGGGAUGAGCAAUAUCACAAAAAUAAAAGAUUUCGAAAGACUUGACAAUUUAAUCACUCGGCUGAGAUACCGCAACCUAUUAAGAAACAUUGACCCAGAUUUACUCCAAGACCUUGCUUUGAGAAUUAAAACAAUAAUUGAGCCAACGCUCAGAAUAAAUUAUACAACUGAAUAUUUAGAAGUCUGUCAAGAAAUUUCUCCUUAUUUAGAGCCCACAAAAGUCUAUUUAAAUUUGGCUGGGUCUCCUUAUAUAGACAAUAAAGUAUUGGUUGACGAAACCAUUGAAAUUAUCAUGCAAAUAAUUAGAGACUCCUUUGAAAAACUGCUUAUACCUUUAGCAAAUUUAUCAAAUAAACAAAGUGCAAAAUUGCUUGCUGAUAUGAAGCUGCAAAACUGCAUGGCGAAUUUGUGUGGGAUUCUUGAGUCACUUUCAGGGCUGAUUACAAGGGGGUGUCUUCAAGACUAUUGGCUAAUGGCAACAACUAAUAUUUUAUUGAAGAUCCUAUUUACACAAGGCCUUGAAAUGCUACAAUUAUCAGCAGCCCAAACUUUAUCAGCGAUAUUUGGGUUUUAUUCCAAAAUGAGAGAUCAAAUUAUCGAUGAAAUUAUCCAAAACCUCCCUUUAAUGACUGCAGACCCAAACCAAGCUAUAGGCUCAAAAAGUAAAAAAUUGGUGUCCAGGGACUAUCCUGUAUAUUCUGACCUCUCAAUUAGAUUUUGCUCAUUUUUAGUUGUACAUGUUCUACAAAGCUCAUGCCUUUUAAGCAAACCAAUCAAACCUGAUGGAAAUUUAGACUGCGAAGUUGUACUGACACAGUAUGAGGAUACAAUGAAAUUAGUGCAGUAUUUCUGCACUAAUUUGGCAGGAAAAUGCUUAAAAAGUUCAGGUGGCAGCCAGGACUACCGCAUUUUUCUUGAGAUUUUUAUAAAUGAUAUAUUAAAGAUCACAUACUGCCCUGAGUUUCCGCUGGCUUCUAAAAUACUUGGAUGUAUAAUUCUUCACCUUUUUUCAAUGGUUUCUAAAGGCCCAUCUACCGGAAAUCUACGAUAUUAUGCAAUAGAAAGAUUAUCAGAUAUCGCGAAAAGUUUCCGGUCUGACAUAAUGCAAAUCCGAGAAUCCCCUAUUGUUCCUCACAACAUAAUCCCUAUGCCUCAGACCCAGCAUCCUUCAGACAACCCUAACAGCUCUCUUUGUAUAUGCAAAAAAGGCUGGUCUAACAGUUCCUGUGAUAUGGUACAAUGUGAAAGCUGCUGAAAAUGGUUCCAUUUAGACUGUGUUGGCUUAAACCUAGAAAACUACACUGAAGAAACCUGGCGCUGUGACGACUGCAGAAUUUGUGAAUGCAUGCAAAAAUUCGACUGGAAAAGAAAAACCGAAAAAAGCAACAAAAAGAAAAAAGGAAAUCACAGGAAUUACGAAAAGCCUGCAUCAGAAGAAUCAGAACCAGACACAAUAAACCCAAUUGCUAGAGAAAUAAUUUACGCGACAGAAGAAAAUGAGCAUAUUUACAAGCAGCUUGUUUAUAAUUUUUUGAUUUCUGAUAAUUCCUAUUUAAAAGAAAACGCCAGAUGUGUGUGGCUCAGUCUUUGGAUUGUGAAAAUGAUUGUAGAUGUAGAUAGGGAAGAGGAUUUAAAAGAAGUCAUGAGCUUGAAAGAAUUUAAGCAAUAUAAGAAAAACUGACUUAAUCCGCCACAGGUAGCAACUGGAGACUUUCCGAAAUUGUCAGAGACUGGGACUUUAAAAGUCCUGAAACAGUUUUUGCUUUGUUUUGAGAUUGGAGCGACUUAUACACAUGUACAGAAUCAAAUAGUCAAUUUAUUAGGAGCGUCUCAACCACUGACAAGAUCAAGGGCUCUUAAAGGGCUCGCAGGAAUUGUGGAAGCAGAUCCAGAGUGUUUAGCAGAAAGAGUGAUAGAAGAAGCAGUCACAGACCGUCUAUUAGAUACUUCAAUUGCUGUAAGAGAAGCUGCAUGUGAUAUAAUUGGCCGUUUUAUCUGCCAUAACUCUCAAUUUUCAAGUUUAUAUUAUCAAGCUUUACUAGAAAGACUCAAAGACAAAGGAGCAAGUGUUAGAAAAAGAGUCAUCAAAAUUCUAAAAGAUAUUAUAGUCUCCAAUCCAGAUCAUGAAAAAAUGAUAGAAAUCCUGUGCGAACUUAUAAAACGGAUUGGUGACGAAACUGAAGGAAUUAAAGAUGCAGUGAUAAACACCUUUGAGUAUAUUUGGUUUGAAAAUGGAACUGAAAAUCAGUUUUUCUCAACUUUAGUGAAGGUUUAUAAGCUGCUGAACAUGAAAGAGCCGAUUAUUCAGCUAUUCAAAAUAGCAAUAACCAAAGGAGACUCUUAUAAAGCAAGAAUUGCUAAAAUCAGUGAUUUGGCUUCAGAUCAGCUCUAUGCAAGCAGCAUUCUUUCAAACUCAAUUGUAUAUGCCAAAAUUCUUGAAAUCUUAUCAUACGUUGACCCUGCAAUCACUUCUCAGCAUAUUUCUACAUUAUACCUAUUUUUAACUCCCAAAUACAACUCAGCUGAAGAAAGUGAACUGUUGAGCUCUCUGUGUGUGAUUAUAGAAAAAACGACUUCACAAAUGACUGGGCAGUUUUCACAGAGAAUUCAAAAAAUUGAAACCCAGCUGCUUACUUUAGUCUAUACCCAAGGCUCAGGUGUUUUAGCAAGCGCUCUUGCAGCUUUAUGUGCAAUAGUAAAAGACGUGACCCACAAUGAGUCAUUAUUAACCCAGUUAAUGAAAAACUGCUUCAUACUAGUAAGCUCGCAGCGAAGAUCAAAAAAAUUGGACCCAAAUAUUUUGCCUUCUCUGAAUCGAGCAAUGCUAGUUCUAGGAUUAUGCAUAAAAUACUAUAAUGCAGAUAUAUAUAAUGAGCUCCAGCUAGAGCAAGGAAAACAGUUCUCAGAAAGUAUUUUUGACUAUUUUAAAUAUUAUUGUAGAUCUGAAGCAGAAGGACUGAGAGAAAGAGCAUUAGAGUGUUUAAGCUAUGCUUGGGUGAGAUUCCCACAUUUACUGCAAAAAUCAGAAAACCUUAUAAAUGAUGCCUGGAAAAAAGCAGUCACCCCAGAAACCAAAAUAAGGCUUCUGAAUAUGUUUCAAGAGUUUCUGUCACAUUGUGACUUAAAAACUAUAGAAGGAGGAGAUGAAGACCAUGGGACAUUAUUUAUUGCAAUCCAAGGCUAUGUAGGGUAUAUCUUAACUUUAGCCAAAGACCUUGAUAUUGAGGUAAGAGAAAAUGCGGCUGACAUUUUAAAGCUAAUUCAUUUGCAAGGACACGUAAACCCUACUAUAUAUCUCCCAACCCUUUUUGCUUUGUUAGCAGACGACAGCAUUUAUAUUAGAGAAACCUCAUUUAAAUGUAUAGAAACAAUUUUUUCAAAAAAUUCUGAUAUUGUAUUAAUAAACUUGCAGCCUUCUUUACAAGAGUCUUAUGAUUUUCAAAUCAACACAUUUAAAGGCACACGGUCGUUUACAUCCCAAAGCGAAUCUUUAUAUAAUCGGCUUUAUAUGUUAAUAAAGGACAGGAAAACUCAUCGUAACAAGUUUCUAGCUACAAUUUCUAAACUCCUUGAACCCAGUGCCAAUCCAGAAUUUACCUUUUAUUUGGCUGAUCUUCUGUCGUCAUUAUCAUUCACCAGCUCUGAAGAAUUAACCAUCAUAUUUGAACACAUAAAUUCAAAACUCCAGACAAAUGCAUAUAGGCUUAUGAGAUCUAUAAAAUUAUGCUGUAAAAACAAUGAUGAGCUUUCUCAUGAAGAAUUAAUGGACACUUUGCUUAUCCUCCAGCUAUUUAUCCUUCAUUAUUUUUUGUCCAAUGUUUAUCAAGUAAAAACUGAUGAAGAAAAAUCAGACAAGCCGGUCACAAAAAACUCUGACGAAUUUCCGAGCUUUUCUGAAUUAUAUGAAAAACUAUGGAAAUAUCAUAUAUUAGAAAAAGCUUCAGGAGAAGAGCUUAAAAAUUUAAAGAAAUUAAUGAAAGAGUCUAUGGACUUACACUCAGCGUCAACAGAUAAUAUCAGUUCAAGAAAAAGAGUCCGGAAAUCUGAAGAAGGUGAAAAAGAAGAAUAUAAAAGAAAUGAAGCUGAAGGUUAUUACUAA